AUGGAUAUCGACGACAUCCUCGCCUCAGUAUCACAUACCGAACGCAUACCACAACGAACUUCAGAUCUGCAGGCUUUGACCAGAGCUUGGGUGGCUGAGAGAUGUGCACCGGAACUACUGCCGUAUCCAGAGGAGUUGAUUGAUAGAGUUAUGGAUAGGAUAAAAGUGCAGAUCGAGACGGUAGAAGACAUGACAGGAACCAUGGACCCAUCCGCAAACUUCAACCUCAUCAUCACACAAACAGAACUCGAAAGAUUCAAAUUCCUCAUUCGAUCGUUUCUACGAGCGAGGAUAGCAAAACUCGACAAAUACCCUCACCACCACCUUCCCUCUCCAAACCUCUCAGCCACGGAAUCUCAAUACCUGAACCACCGCGUCAGUCUCCUAUCCCACCACUUCUCGAUGUCUUUUCUGUCGUCUUUUCCUGCGCAGCUGCAGAAACUGGAUGAUACGGCUGGUGGGAUAUCGAUGGUUGAUGCGCCGGAUGUGGAUGCUGCGGUGUUUGUGAGGGUGCUUAGGGAUGCGGGUCAUGUGGAGGUGCAAGGAGAACAAGGGGUGGGUGUUGUGGAGUUGAAAAGGGGCAAUAUUUGGUGUGUUAGGUGGAGUGCGGUUAAAGAGGCGUGCUUGAGGGGGGAUGUUGAGAUGGUUUGA